AUGGCGUCGGUGCGGGUGGCUGUCCGGGUCAGACCGAUGAACAGACGGGAGAAAGAUUUAACCGCAAAAUGCAUCAUCAAGAUGGAAGCAACCAAAACCUCCAUCACCAACCUGAAGCUCCCUGAAGGCAUCGCAGGAGAUACGACGAGGGAUCGAACUAAAACCUUCACCUACGACUAUUCCUACGACUCUUCGGACUGUAAGAACUCCACCUUCGUCUCUCAGGAGAAGGUUUUUAAGGAUUUGGGCACCGAUGUGUUGAAGGCGGCGUUCGAAGGCUACAACGCCUGCGUGUUCGCCUACGGUCAGACCGGCUCCGGGAAAUCCUACACCAUGAUGGGAAAUCCAGGAGACGCAGGUCUGAUCCCGAGGAUCUGUGAAGGUUUGUUCAGCCGGAUCUCAGACGCAACUCGAUGGGAUGAAGCUUCAUUUCGCACAGAAGUCAGUUACCUGGAGAUCUACAACGAGAGAGUGAGAGACCUGCUGAGGAGGAAAUCCACUCAGACCUACAACCUGAGAGUCAGGGAGCAUCCCAAAGACGGACCGUAUGUAGAGGAUCUGUCCAAACACCUGGUGCAGAACUACAGCGACGUGGAGGAGCUGAUGGAGGCGGGAAACAUCAACCGCACCACCGCCAGCACCGGCAUGAACGACGUCAGCAGCCGCUCGCACGCCAUCUUCACCAUCAACUUCACGCAGGCUAAGUUCGAUGCGGAGAUGCCCAGUGAGACGGUCAGUAAGAUCCACCUGGUCGAUCUGGCCGGCAGCGAGCGAGCCGACGCCACCGGAGCGACCGGCGUCCGACUGAAAGAAGGAGGCAACAUCAACAAGUCGCUGGUUACCCUCGGCAACGUCAUCUCCGCUCUAGCGGACAUGGCGCAGGACGGCGUGAACACCAACCUGAAGAAGAAGUCAGUGUUUGUCCCCUACAGAGACUCUGUGUUAACGUGGCUGCUGAAGGACAGUUUGGGAGGCAACGCCAAGACCAUCAUGAUCGCCACUGUUUCCCCGGCUGACGUGAACUACGGCGAGACGCUCAGCACUCUGCGCUACGCCAACCGAGCCAAGAACAUCAUCAACAAGCCGACCAUCAACGAGGACUGCAACGUCAGGCUGAUCAGAGAACUGCGGGCUGAGAUCGCCAGACUCAAAGCUCUGCUGAUUCAGGGCAACCAGAUUGCUCUCCUGGAUUCGCCCACCGCUCUGAGCAUGGAGGAGAAACUGCACCAGAAUGAAGCCAGAGUUCGGGAGCUGACGAAAGAAUGGACCAACAAGUGGAACGAGACCCAGAACAUCCUGAAAGAGGAGACUCUGGCUCUGAGGAAAGAGGGGAUCGGUGUGGUGUUGGACUCGGAGCUUCCUCACCUCAUCGGCAUUGACGACGAUCUCCUCAGCACCGGCAUCAUCCUUUAUCACCUGAAGGAGGGACGAACGUACGUUGGCAGAGAUGACGCGUCCACAGAGCCGGACAUCAUCCUGCACGGUUUGGACCUGGAGAGCGAACACUGUAUGUUUGAGAACAAGAACGGGACGGUGAUUCUGGUGCCGCUCGGCGGAGCUCAGUGUUCAGUUAACGGCGUUCAGGUGACGGAGCCGUCGCAGCUCAACCAAGGUGCCGUUAUUCUACUCGGCAGAACCAACAUGUUUCGUUUCAACCAUCCGAAGGAGGCGGCGAAGCUGAGAGAGAAACGAAAGAGCGGCCUCCUCUCCUCCUUCAGCCUCUCCAUGACCGAUCUGUCUCAGUCCUGUGAGAAUCUCUCCGCUGUGAUGCUCUACAACCCCGGGUUGGAGUUUGAGAGACAGCAGAGAGAAGAGCUGGAAAAACUGGAGCUGAAAAGGCGGCUGAUUAAAGAGAUGGAGGCCAAGCAGCAGAUUGAGAAGGCGGAGCUGGAGCGUCUCCAGCAGGAGGUGGAGAGCCAGAGGAAGGAGUCUGAGGAGGUGCAUCAGAGGAUCAUGCGCCAGGAGGAAACCCUCCGUCACCGCAGUCAGGAUAUCGAGAGCCGCCUGCGUGACUUCCUGGCCGAGAAGGAGCGCUUCGAGGAGGAGAGACGCUCCGAGAUCCAGGACCAGAAAGAGCAGCAGGAGGGCGAAGCGGAGGAGGAGCAGGAUGAGGAGCUGAGGCGGCAGCAGGAGGCGGCGGAGCAGACGGAGAUCUACCGUGAGCUGGAGAAGCUGAAGAGGGAACGCGAGGAGCAGAAGGUGCGCCUGGAGACGGAGCGGCGGCGGCUGGAGGAGCAAGAGCGGGAACAGCUGAGUCUGGUCGGGAGGCUGGAGGAGCAGCUGAGGGAGAAACACGAGGCGGCUACAACCCUGCUGACGAGGGAGGAUGGCCGCCGCCUGGAGGAGGAGCGCCGAGCACUGGCCGAGAUCAGAGAGGCGCUGCUCCGUGCCAAAGAAGCCGGAGAGCGGACGGACGUAGAAGGAGCCAGCGAGGAGGCGAGAUCUGCUCAAACCCGCUACACUGACUUCAAGGCGGCUCAGGUGAAGGAGCUGGGCCAACUGGAGGAGGAGCUCCAACAGCAGAAGGAGCGUCUGGAGGAGGAGGUAGCGGCCGAGAGAGCCACCAUGCUGUUCCUCGGCCACGGCCUCAAAGAGCACCAACAGCAGCUGAAAGAGACGCAGGAGAAGGGAGCGCAGGACGCCACGGUGGUCUGCCAGGAGGAGCAGCUGGUCAAACAGGCGGAGCACAGGCUGCAGUUUAAGGAGCGUCAGCUGGCGAGUCUGGCGGACGGCCUCCUCCCGGCGCUGGCCGAGGAGAAGCAGAGAGCGGCGGAGAUCCUGGAGCGCAGCGGCAAGGGCGACAACGGGAACUGCGAGAGUCCGCCGGGUCUGGACAACACGCUGUACCAGGUGGAGAAGGAGCUGGAGGACAAAGAGGAGAAGCUGAACCUCCACUGGAACAGCGCCCAGCAGCUCCAGCAGCUCCAGGAGACCUACGAGUUCACAGCCAACGUGGCCCGGCAGGAGGAGAAGGUGAGGAGGAAGGAGAAGGAGAUCCUGGAGUCGAAGGAUAAGCAGCAGAGGGAGGCGAUGGAGCAGGCGGUGGCGCGGCUGGAGAGGAGGCACUCGGCCCUGAGGAGGAGCGUCUCUCUGGAGCCCGACACCGAGGAGCAGAGACACAAGAGCUCGGUCCUCAGGAACCAAAGAACGGGGGGCGAACUGGACCAGCAGAGAGUGGAGCGGGAGAUCCAGAAGUUAAGGCAGAGAAUCAGCGAAGGGGAAGAAAACUCCAGGACUCACUCCAACAGCAACGACGACAAGACGGGUCACAGCUCUCCGGUCAGCCACAUCCAGAGUCUGAACACGCUGCUGCCGCUGUCAGACGACAGGAUCAAUGCGUACAUCGAAGAGGAAGUUCAGCGACGGUUACGUAAGCUGAAUCUUCUCAACGGCAGCAGCAACAAGGAUCUGUCUCUGUCCUGUGAAUCGCUCAGGGAUGAUGAAAAGCUGCAAAACAUUAAUCCAAGGAGGUUUAAAUAUGAGCAAUUGGUGUCUCGUCCUCUCGGGAUGAGCUCUGACAGCCUCCAGGAGCCUGUUAAAAUUAGCAUUCCCCGUUACGUUCUGCGUGGGCAGGGGAAGGACGAGCACUUUGAGUUCGAGGUGAAGAUCGCUGUGAUGGACGAAACAUGGACAGUGUUCAGACGUUAUAGCCGCUUCCGGGAAAUGCAUAAGAGCCUCAAAUUGAAAUAUCCAGAGCUGGCAGUUUUGGAGUUUCCUCCGAAGAAACUGUUUGGAAACAGAGACGAGCGGAUGGUUGCUGAACGCCGGAAUCAUUUGGAGCGUUACCUGAGGAACCUGUUCCGGGUGAUGUUGUCGUCCUCCUGCUCUCCUCUCAGAGUCGACACAGACAGCGGUUUCCACCUGUCCAAACAUGCCAUCUGUGAGUUCUCGCCAUUCUUCAAGAAGGGCGUCUUCGAGUACGGCAGCCACGGUACCGGUUGAAUCCCGGUUGUUUUUUGGCGCUGAUGUUUCCUCAAUACCAAAACAAAACAAAACAAAAAAAAAAGCUGCUCGGUGCCUUUUCCUCGGGUCUCGUCCUGGGAGAAUCGCCUCAGUAGGUCAGAGGAGGGAAAACUUGCAGGUCAGUUUCCUCUCUGAGACGAAUGUUUAAAACUUUCAAACUUAGUCCACGAGAAAGCUUUAUCAUGAAUGUAGAGGUAGGAAAUCCAGCACUCGAGAGUUUAAUUUAAACAUAAUCUAACGUGGUUUCAUUUGCUAGAACGGUACGACUUUCUGCUACACAUUCAGCCGAUAAUCACCUGUAUUAAAUAUAUUUACAUGCAUCUGUGAUACUUAUGGCACGUCGUCACUGCUCAACACUAGUUAGAACCGAACACUAUCACUGCCAGGGUUGUAAGUUGGAUUCCCUGUUGGACUCUGGGGAAACUACGGUGGGCAUUUUUCACUAUUAUUCACUAUAUUUCUGACAUUUUUCUAGACUUAACGGUUACUUGAUUAGUCAAAAAAGGUAAAGACACCUUCAUCAAUAAUGGAAAUAAUCACAAGGUGCAGCUGUACUUUGAUCAUAGGAUGGAACCUGCAUGUUCAUUUAUUCAUGUUUAAGAACAAAUCAAGGUAUUAAAGGACCAUUUUGUCGUAUUUAGUGGCAUAAAGUGGAAUGGACUUGGCAGAAAUGGCAUAUACUAAUCAUAAGUAUAUUGUAAUUAGUGCAUAGUCAUCUGAAAAUAAGAAUCAGGGUGUUUUCGGUACCUUAGAUUACGCCUUUAUAUCUACACAAGGUGUUGCACCACCAUGUUCCUACAGUAGCCCAGAAUAGACAAAUCAAACACUCUAGAGAAGGACUUUCACAUUUUUCAUGAGUUUCGUGGCCACUGCAGAUUCUCCUAAAUACUUGAAAAGACGUUUGGAGAUAAUUCAAUUGGUUGCAAUCUGCAUCCUCACCACUAGAUGGCAUUAAAUCCUGCACACUGCAUCCUUAAUUCCCACAAUGACUGAUCAUUAGUGCCACAGAGCAAUAGAACAGUUUAAAUAAAAGCCAAAAAACCUACAAAAAUUAUAUAUAUAUAUAUAUAAAUAUAUAUGUUAAACUAGUCUUUUGUGUGACUUCAGGGCGGUUACAGAUUGUUGCUUUUAGAGGAGCUUUAUUAGUAACUUUACAAGCAGAAGAGUCUCAAAAGUCUAAACCAUCCUGUUAUACCAAUUUAAUGUUUGGAAAGAUGCUAAAAGCUGCACUAGGAAAACUGAAAAGUCUGAGCUGUAACACCGAAUCAUCACAGAAACAACCGUUUCGGCUGCUUUUUCUACACUUACGAGCAAACGUGCCAUCUGAAAAAUAAGUCUUUGCAGUAACGGAGAUUUUGGCUUUUGGAAGGUGUGUUUCCCCACAAAGAGAGAAAAGCCUGUGAGCGUUUCCUAUUAACACUUAUCUCUGUGCGCUAAUCGAUUAUUGCAGGAAACAUUUGAUUUUAAACAGCAGGAUAAUUUACAUUUUUACCAGACUGAAGCCUUAAAAUGUUAACAAGAUAUGUUGGCAGUGAGGUUUGUUAAGAUCAUUGAGUUAUUAAACAGUUAUGAGAAGAGCCGCAUAAAUAAUUAGAGCCGAGAAAAGCAGAAACAGAAGCCAGUCAUCAGUCUUUUAGUGUCAUCAUUGACAUAUUUUCUCUGAGAAUUACCAUUUAGGGACUCAUUGGUAACACUUUACUUUAACCCACCUUAUUAAGCAAUUAUAAGAGGUAUUUAAAUAUGUUUUAAAUCAUUUAUAAGGCAGGAUAAUCAAAUCAAUGAGAGAUAAAUGAGGAAUGAAGAUGUGUGUCUGCAGGUGCUCCUGAUGCUCAGGGAAGCAAUCAGUGUUCACAAAAAUGGGAAAAGAUUCCUAAAGAAGUAAAACACAACACUCUUUUCUCAAAAUGUAAAGUAAAGUAGCAGCUGGGCAGCUAAAAAAUGAGCUGAAACUCAACUAUAAAGCUCACCGACAGAGAAGACAUGUUAUAGAAAGACUUUAGCAGGAAAGCUAAUGUCAGCUGUUUAGAGUCUGGAUGCAGGAUGCUAUCAAGGCACAUUAUGGAGCUUUAUAGACAGAGAAGACAUGUUAUAGAAAUAUAAGUUAUAUACUUUAAGCUGCAGAGUCUCUGAUAAUUCUCUGUAGGUUCACCACAAGACAGAACUACAUUAUAGUGUGUUAUGUGUUAUAAAGCAUUUAUUAAAUGGUUAAAUGCUAAAUAUUGGGGGUUAAAGUAAACUGUUACCAUCUUUUUUUGGAUAACUCAUCAUUUUUUCUCAUCAGACACAUUUUGUGCUUUAAAAACUUUAAAAAACAGCAGAGAAACUUUUCGACACUUAACUGAUAAAAUAUAUCAGAGCCAAUUUUUAUCUUUAUUUUCCGAAGACGAGAAGAAAACAGUGUCUGUCGUCCGUCCUGAAGUCUUCCACUCAGACAGCAGAGCCUCGCUGUUGUGUGUCGGCAGCUGUGAUCAUGUGAUCAAACAGCUGGCCGAACAGGAAACACUCGGUUCAUUUUGCCUGAAUAGAAACAACCAUCCAAUUAAUGCGUUUUGUUUUGUUUUCAUAAGCCAUACUGUGUGUGUAUAUAGAAUGUAAAUGUUCAUGUGCAUAGUUUUCUAUACUUCGUGCUUGUAUUAAAUGUAAAGUAUUGACAUUGAAUGUCAGUAAAGGGAAUG